AUGAGUUUUCAGUGCAUUUUAAAUCGCUUAUUGCAAAAUUUUAUGAAUUUACUUGUCAAUUUCUGGCUUAUUCUUCCGAAUUUUCAUGCCAAAUUCUUUUCAUUGCAGUUAUCCGAAGAGUUCGGUGCAUCGCAUGUUCCAUUCCGAUCAUUCGGAUUCAAGCCUGAUUUCUUUGCAUGCACAGCCGAUGCGGUGACCACGGAAUGCACAUUCUUAGAUCAAGCCACGCAUACGCCUAGUGAAACGGCUGGUUCAUGGUCCAUUCUGACCACAUUCGUCUUCUCAGCUGUACGUGAUGGCUAUUAUGCAGAGCUAAGACGACAGCGUAAAACUAGUAAUGCAUUCCGCAACCGACCGUCUGUCGACGUCAGUUCCGACGGAAGCAUUAUGGAUGGCAGUAGUCGAAGGUCCGUUUCGCCAACAUCCGAUGAAAUGUCGCAAAGUGUACCAAAGGAAAACGCAAAUUUCCUUCUGCCUCCUACUGUAUAUUGA